AUGGAGAAGGAGACAGAGACAGAGGCAGAGAGAGAGAGAGACAGAGAGACAGAGGCAGAGAGAGAGAAGGAGACAGAGAAAGAGAGAGAGAGGAGACAGAGGCAGGGGGAGACAGAGAGAGAGACAAAGGAGGAGACAGAGGGAGAAGGAGACAGAGAAAGAAGGAGACAGACAGAGAGGGAGAGAGAAGCUCAAGCAGAGACAACGAAUAGUAAAGAAACAGCAGCAGCAGCACCACCAACAGCAGCACCAUCAUCAGCAGCAGCAGCAGCACCAUCAGCAGCAGCGGCAGCAGCAGCGGCAGCAGCAGCAGCAGCAACAGCAGCAUCAGACCUAGAGUAG